UCAAUACACGGUUAAUAGAAGGAGGAUGGUUAGGCUAGCCGGCAAACUUCAAAGGGGGCGGCAAACUAUGUUGAACACAAAGGAAAAAAAUGUCACGUGUCGAGAUAGGGGGACGCUUGUGUUGACAUUUGUAGGAAAUUAUAUUGAAAGUGUUGGGUUAAUACUGAUAAUAAAAGCAUUUUUGUAUCUUUUGGAGCAUUUAUAAUAACGAUGGAUAGUGAUAUCGAAAGAGGAGUGAUUUCUUCAUCGAUGCAGACAUUUGAAAACAGUAAUAAUAAAAGCAAAGAGAGUUUUCAACGAUCGGAAAUGACGGUAUCGUUUGGAAGAUGAACGAGAGAGCGAAUACGUAGAUUUAUAGACGAAGAUUUUUAUAGCAUCGAGGCCCCUGUUACUAUUAGCGGAAGAAAAACAGUUGUAUUAAAUACUGAUUUUUCUGCUGCCCAAUCGACAGUGAGAAGUCUUUUCAGUGCUACAGUAUGUGUGCGACAAAUUUGCGGCCUUAGUGCCAAAUUACAAGGCAUAUAGCUCAGUAAUUCAAAACACUUUACAACAGAUGGUCAUGGGGAAUCUAUUGUACGAAGUAUCUAUGUGUUUAUAUAUAAAGGUGCAUUUACUUCUUUAGUUGAUUGACAUUGUAGAAGCUAUACGUUGUGAAAAGUACAUUUCGAUCGUUGGAAACAAUGUGGGAUGCGAUAUAAAAAAGUCGGGUGAAUUCAACCGUAGCAAAGAUUAUAUUAUCGAGUAUGAAAACGAUGCAAAACGUGGUAAAGCCUUUGCAUUACUGUAAAACAGUAGUGAAAAGAAAGUGAUAUUAUAUAUUUUAUAAAAUUUGUAACUAUACAAUUCAUUUAUCUUCUGCAAUAAACUCUGUUUUCAUAUUCAGAUUAAUUGAACCAUAGGUUUGAAAAUAUAACAAUGGGUUGGCAAAUUUAUGACUCCCAAAACUAAUAUAUUAUUUACAAAUGCCUCUAUGGUUAGUUGGUUAGGUUUUCACAAUUACACUGCUAUCAUGAUAUAGUCAUCAUACAGGCCUUAUCAAACCAAACAAUUCAAACCUGGUAAGGGGCUGAUUACAUGGAGAGUUUUCAGCAUGGCUGAGUUUCAUCCUGGUUUCCCAGGCUGAAAUUAAGAAAUUUCAGCCCAGCCUGAGGAUAAAAUCCUAUUAAAACACAACAAAUGAUUGCAUGACAGAAAUUUCAGCUUGGGCUGAAGUUUUAGCCCGGUUGGAGCUACCCGGGCUGAAAAUUUCAACCCGGUUGGCCGGGCUGAAAAUCGCCAUGUAAUCGACACGAAAAUUCAACCCAGGUUGAAAAAACAGCAUUUAAGUCGCUUUAUUUCUGUCUGUUCUACUUUUAAAUGCAACCACACUCUUGCAGAAGUCAAUAGAUAUGAACAACAUUUUAAAUUUUCCAAAGAAACAGAAUACCUCCAUUUUGAGACUUCAUUCUUUCGGCCCGGGCUGAGAUUUAACCCCGGUUUGAAUUGAAAUUCUAACUCACCCCGGGCUGAACUUUGUCAUGUAAUCGUGAAACAAUUUCAGCUCGGUUAACUGGGUUGAAAUUCAGCCCGGGCUGAAAACUCCCCAUGUCAUCAGCCCCUAAGACAUGUUGAACCUUGAAUUGUUUUGUCAGGUAUACCUGCGUGCCCUAAUGAAUUAACCAUAAACUUGCAAUUGCUUCUCUUUCAAAAAAAUAUAAUGUAGGGUGCAUUUGCUGGACACAUUGCCAGCUCACCCACUAGUGAAUUAACAUGCGGCACUGGCAGAUUGCUAAUGACAAGUAAAAUUGGGUAUGGGAAACAAAGUAUGGGCUAAUCUGAUAAAAAAUAGAACAAAACAUACGUGAAAAUGGUUUAGAAUCUUCUUUGAAUAUUAAACUUGUACAUUUCCAGUCAAUGUAUACAAUUUGUUAUUUCCAGUGUAUUUAAAUUCAGUAUCUAUAAGUAUCUACAAGUGUUCAACCCAGAGCCAAUAGGCCAUACAAUUUUGCAUGCCAAUUUCACGACUAGUCAGUCCUCUCUCAGUGAGGUCAGAGAUCUGCCAAUUGAAGAACUUCACCCUGCAAAUCCCAAAUUGAAUGAACAACCAUCCCAGGGUGGAUAUCAAUAGUUGUUAAUAACCGAUUAACAACAGUAUUCUUCCACUGAGUAAAAUUUUAUUGCUUUAGACAGAGUAAAGUAGGUGCAUCUGCAUGCAUUGCCAGUUGAUGUGUAGAUUAUGUAAUGGUGAUAGACAAUAAAUAUUCUUCAACAGUCUUAAAUUUCAGUAAGUAUGUAGUUACAGUAGUCUGGUACAAUGUUAUAAUUUCUAAAGAAGUGAAUAAUGAUGAGUUGAAAUUUGCAUAGCGUGUCCAAAUCGUCGGGCUAGCUAUGCCACUGCUAGCAACUGGACAUGCAGAAAUGCCAUACAUGAUAAUAUAAUGGUUUUUUGAGGAUACUAAUUUGAAAAUUCAAUAACAGAUAUCAGUUUGACUAUUCCAAAUGUUACUUUUAAAUUAAUAGUCCACUACACAGUACACAUCAACUAGAAAUCACUAUCAAUGACAAGUAAAAUUGUCUGGAGUUGUCUUGUUGGCAGAGCAAAUACCAAAGUAUGCUGCAUAGGCACAUGAUUUGGGCUGAUACGUUUGUAAUAUUAGUUCAAUUUACUUCGUUUGUUUGUUUCGCAUCAAUACGUUCGCACCGACGUCAGAUCUCUUUAAUAAUAGCGGCCUUAGCAAUUCUACUCGAGCUGUUCUCCAUCCGUCGUCCUAAAAACACUGGGUAUUUUAUCGUUCAUUGUGUCUACCGCAACUCUCACGACCAAAAGCAGAGCAGUUUUUCCCGGACAAACUCCAAAAGUAUCGUCUUUAAGUAUGAAAAUCCUCGAACACUUGAGAAUGGAAUAUGUGAAUAUACACUUAGCAUAGCGUGGUUAUAUCUCAAAACCAAUCAACAAUACCUUUAAAACUUGUGAAUACGAUCAGAUCAUUCCGAACUUCGAAGUAUAAAUCAAAUCCGUGAUCAAAUCAGGCGUAUACAAUCGAAAAUACGUAAAUUUAUACAUCACAAAAGCCAUGUCAACAAUAUAUUUUCUAUUACACUCCUGCGAAGCGUCCCCCUAUCUCGUCACGUGACAUGAAUAAAAUGAGAACAAUAACAUAUUUGUCACGUGGUCCAGCUAGCCUAACCAUCCUCCUUCUAUUAACCGUGAUUUAAAGGUUGGGCCAUAUAAUUCUACUACACUUCUAUCGGCCUGGAUGUAUAAUGGGGCGAACGGAUUCAAUAAUAAUAAGAAAAAGAAUAAUAAUAGAACACUUAAAAGCAGAAGCUAAAUAAAAAAAACGCGUUCCAGAAAACAAAACAAUCACAUUUGAUUUUGCCGUGCAAACCACCAAGGAACUUGAAUUGUUUAUCGUUCACGCGCUGUUGUGAGAUUCCCCUAAAUUAUAAAUGUUUGGAAUGCAAUUUCCGACCACAACAAUUUAAUCAUUUCCGGCACUGUUGAAAGCAAAGUUGGAAAAUAAGGAAUGAAUUGAGUCUGCAUCAGAUUUCAAGUCCGGGCAAAACACAAAAAAAAAACUAAAAAAAAAGUUAUAUGUUCACCAUAUGCCUUUUCACAAAAUGCCUUUCUCACACACCACUGGGAGCUGCUGCAGCGUCAGCCGCAAGCUUGACAUUUAUUCAACUACCUUACAAUUACAGGUACUCGCUACAUAUAUAAUUACUAUAUAACAAGUACAUAUAUAGAGGAUAUUAGAUGGUUGCGAGGAGGUAUGGAUUUUAUUUUCGAGUGACAAAAACAAUAUCUCGUGCACCACCCUGUAACACCUUGAUUAUAUAACCUGCACCACCCUGUAACACCUUGAUUUCAUCAGGCCCCCAGCAGUGUGUGAGAAAACAUUUUCUGUUUCUUUCGUGCCUCAGCCAGCGGAAAAUAACACUUUCAAAGGUGAAUUGUUCCAUUUCCACGUAAGAAAUAAUCAUUUCACAUGUGAAAUUAAUUUUCACAUAUAAACCUUCAUUUUUAGAUUUAAAAAGUCAAAUUUCAUAUGUGAAAAUUCAUCAAAUUUCACCUAUGAAACUCUGCCUAUGAAAUGGGCAUUUUCACUUUCCAAUUCCGCAUAAAAUUUCAUUGUGAAAUGGCGAAUCCGUGUAACUGCAAAUGUUUGUUAAACCGUUGACAGUGUUUUAUGUUAUUGUACGUGUUAAAAAAGAGUGUAAAUUGCUUUCCUAUAGCCCCUUCGAUAAAUCCCUCAAUGCAGCAAAGUGGAGUUAAAACUUCAGAGCUAAGAGAACUCAUUAACGAAGUAAAAGAACUACAGAAUAAAUACCAACAAUUAAGAACACAGGUAAGCUUCACGAAUGCAUGACAUGGGCGUACAGGACGGGAAAAAUCAGGGGGGAUCAGUUUUUUUUGCAUUUUGUCCGUGUAAAAUUCCCACAAGUCCUGUCGACGAUGGGCGGGCGGGAGGGAGGUUGCAAAAUUUUUUAAAGGGGUUACAAUGUUAGAAAUGGGAAACCUUACAUAUUUCUUGUAUUUUCGACUAUUAUCUUCAAUAUUUCUGUCAUGUAGUAUUAUUUUGCAUAUUUCUUGCUUUUCAAUUUAUUUCCCCCAUCUUUUUGCCCAAACUACGUUUAUAAUUUGCCCAACUUCAAUUUUUACGCUUAUAUGGUGACGUUGAUCGCAAUAUAUAAAACAAAAUUCGAAGAUAGCAGAAGAUAUACAAGUGAAAACAUGAGUUUGUGAUUUUUCAAUCAUAUCAGUCCAAAAUCAACAUUUGAUAUAUCACAAACUCAUUCUCGUCUUGUUUCGACUCGUAUCUUAGUUGGGUUUCAAGAUGCUAAUCUUCGAUUUUUGUUUUGUUUUGUUUUGUUUUGUUUUGUUUUGUUUUGUUUUGUUUUGUUUUGUUUUGUUUUGUUUUGUUUUUCUAAACUAAUUGUCGGCUGGCAUUGGUUUUUAUGCUAUAUGUAUCUCUGCACUACUUACCUUAACUUGGCAGCUGAAACUUUUGUUCUUUACCAUCUUUAGUCAGGAGAUAAAUCUUCUGGAACUUCUGUUUCACUUCGUGAGCAAAGAUUAGCUAGACAGGUAAAAAUAUUUAAAAUAUUCAUUAAUAUAAUUCAUGAAGAAAAUUCAAAAGAAACGAAUGUUUAAUUAAUCAAUGCAUGUUUGUAAAUCGGAUAAAGAUUUGUCCUGAUUUACAUAAACUUCAGCUUUGAUUUUCUCGGCUUAGACAAUAUUUAUUCUUAAAAUUACUUCGCCAAAGAACUCAUAAGAUGCGUCUUUUUUUAACUACGUUAAAACAGUCGCAUCCGAUCUUUAUCUAUGAUGUCUAUGAUAUACUAAUUCUCGCCGAUAAAGAUUGGCUGCUCAUGUUUUAACGGUACUUAUCAAAUCAAUUCGUACAUAAUAUAUACGAAACGCAUAUCACUGGAAAUGUUUUCCAAAAUCCUUACUAUAGAGUAUAGAAGUAGUAUGGAUCUUGGAUAUGGAAAUUGUGAUGGAAAUCUAAUUUCCAUACUGUGAUCUGUGGUUAUAGUAUGGAUAUAUAAUGGUUUAGUGAUGCAAUCGCAAAUUCCAAAUAAGCAUGGAUUUAACUAUUUUUUCCAUGCAGUGAUAUUUAACAAAUAUAAAACAUUUUCCAUGUUGAUAUACAGUUAUAUCAACACGAGUGGAAAUUGGGAAAACGAGAAAUUGUGUGGAAACACCACGCCAGGAUGGUGGAGGGAUGAGAUGGAAUGGACACGUAAUCAGAAGAGAGCAGAUCAAUAUACGGAAAAAUGUUUAAACCUUUUUUAUAAUAUAACACAAAGAAAUAUAUAAACUGAGAAAGAAAUUUUCCGUGUUGACAUUGAGUUAUGCCAACACAGGUCACAGUCAAUCUGAGUUUAGAAUUUACAAAUGCUAUAUUAUAAAACAUAUUAAUAAAGGAGUCUUCAGGGUUUUUCAAGAUAAAUUUAAAACUGCAUGCACAAGGAUGUUACAAAGCAACAGGGGUUCUUUCCCAGCACGUAAAGAAGAUAUAGGGGCCAGUCAUCAAACAUGUUGAUACCUAGAAAAUUAUGCGUGAUUUUAAUGGAGCUGUGUUAUUCUAGAACUGCAGCAGUGAAAGCAGUGCCAGUGGAUACCAGGAAUCACUACAGAAGCUGAAGAAACAAUUUAUUCGGAAGGUAAGAUAUUAUAUGUUGAAAUCGUAGUUCAUGUAUAUUAGCUAUUUUUGUUUUUUGUAUUUCAAUAAAAUUUAUUAUAUUGGUUUCUGGAUUGUGGUGUAUCGCGUCGUAUUGUGUUGCUGGCAUUAGACAGAUCGAGGACGCGGACGUCAAAAACGACGUGAAAAUGGCAUACAUGGGUACAACACGCCAUUCAGUUCACGUCGUCUUCGACGUCCGCGUCCUCGAUCUAAAUCUGUCGAUACGGCACGCCAUAUCUACUGUGCUGUGCUGUACUGUACUGUGCUGUGCUGUGCUAAUUCAAAUUGGGCGUAAAUAUCUAACGUCGGAUUUUCUUUUUCUUCCACAGGGCAAUGGAAUUAGGAUGAACUGCUUGUGGGAAUUUAAAGGGCUUGAUAAGAAGGUAACAACUGCAUGUUUGUUAACAACGCCUCUAACUGGAGUUCCAUGGAGAACAGUUUAGAGUUUGAUGCUUGUGAUGUUACUCUGAGUGUAUAUAAUAAUAUAUCCACACCGGGCAAGCUUUCCCGGUGUGGGUAACAUCACAAGCAUCAUAUUACACCAACUUAGAGUUUAAUUUAGAGUUUAUUUAAGUUUGUUUCUAUGUUUCCCGCUGUGCAAAGAUAGCUCCACCCUGUACCGCAAGAAAACAAUAUAAGAAAACCAAAACUCGAAUCUCAAUGUUUCCCUUUGAGACUCUCGGGAAAACAAACUAUUUCCCUCGGGAGCACACAUAAGUGUAUAAUAUAGUUUGAUUGAUAGGACAACGAAAAUAUCAAGCUAUGUAUACGUCUUUUUCAGAUCAAAGAUAUUAGUAGGAAACUCGAUGAAGAAACGAACAGUUGUAUUUUCAAAAUGGAAAACAACACUCAAGUAGAUUAUGUGAAAAAUGUACAAAAAGUGCAGAUAAAUGAAAAGAAAGUAAGUUCAAAGCUAUUUGUUGUUUUGUGGAAACAUCACGAAUGUUUGGCAUACUUUCAACUUUGGACCUCCAUCAUUGCAUAAGAGUAUAAGACAAAAUUUCAACUCACAAAAUGUAACGCUAAACUAUUAAGCGUAUACAUUAUUAUUCAUCGGAAAGACCUGAAAACAAAGGUCGCAAGUCUGAUUGGCAUCUCUCAUUAACUCUCAUCCUCCUGAAAGAUCGCUAUGGCACUUUUUUCCACGUUGAGUUGCAAGUUUCACCACAUAAUGCCUCAUGUAUAACAUUGUUUACAACUUCUCAUUUUUCAGAAUGCGGCUGUUCAACUCGUGGGGGUAACAUGUUGCAGUGAAUAUAGCGCUUCAAAUGUUAGCAACGCCGUUUUGGAAGUCGAGGAAACGAUAAGUAACAUAACCUAUGCAUGUUACUGCAAGGUGGGACAGAAAUGCAAUAUCUGUUACUGGCAAUGUGCUGACACCAGAAGGCAUCAAAUUAAAUAGGAUCUUUGGUUUGAUUGCACACCAGUGUAACGUUGUACAACGCUGUAGAUGCCGACGUGCAAAAGCUAUACAUGACGAACAAAUAGCUACACGACGUUUGAAAAUGAACCAAACUAAUCCAGUAGUAGUAUAGUAGUUUGAAAGAAUAUGUUUAGUUGUGAAAGGCUGCCUUAUACAGGGUGUUCCUAAAGCCUGGCGCACACGAUGCGAUUUUAGUCGGCCGAUAAAAAUCGUUUGACAUACCGAUAUACAUCGGUAUACUCCGCACACGAUUACGAAAAAAAUAUGCUCCCUGAACUGUAGCCGCCAUGUUGCCAAAUAAAUACAAGCACGUGAUCACAGCAUGAAAUCUGAUUGGUUAUACUUAAAAUUCCACCGAUAAAAAUCGUAUAAUAUGAAAACGUUUUGAUGUUGUCCGAUUAAAAUCGAGCAAAAAAAUCGGUUAAAUUUGACACCGCACACACAACGAUUUUGUUAGUUUUAGUCUAACGAUUUUUAUCGGCCGACUAAAAUCGCAUCGUGUGCGCCAGGCUUAAAAUGCGACAGUUGUGUUCCAGAUUUUUGCACUGCUAAUUAUUAGUAGGCGUCGAAAGAUAAAUGUUGACACUAAGAUUAUUAAAAUUGGUCCAGUAGUAUAUGGAGCCAAUGUUAUGGCUGUUUAAAGUAAGGGGCCAUUGAAACCGAUUGAUAUACUUGACACAACUGAAGGUGCACUAUCUAGUAUAUAUAUUAUAUAUAUAUAGGUCAGUGACCAUAAUUUAUACACGGAUUAUGUACUGUAUACAAAAUGAAUUAUGUUCUUGUGGGAGCUCGCCAAUUUUGGACGGAAAGAGACUGUCUCUUUGUUGUGGUUUCAUAAAUAUGUGCAACGACUGAAAUAAUAUCUUCAGUAAUUUAUUGAAUAAAAUUUCUAGCUUUGCUAUAAAUUGCCCAAUUGUUUAGUAGAAUCUGCCCGACCAAACAUUAAUUGGAGAAGCUGCACCCCCCCACCCAGCCCCCUACCUCGUACACUAAUGGAUACACUAUCAAGGUGGGAGUUUGGCUGGGGCGGCAUGAUUGUCAAAUGACAACAUAUAGGUGUCCUGCGUUUAGCCCAAUGAGAACGGAAAUCUCAUGUAGAAC